UUACCCAGAGUGCUCGGCGUGUGUGUAGCUGUGAAGAAGAAUGUGUGACAAUGGCAACAAAUACUGCAGAGAAGAAUCCAUAUUUUGACUGUCCUUCAUGGGCAGGAAAGCCUCCAGCGGGGCUGCAUUUGGACGUGGUGAAAGGAGAUAAACUUGUCGAGAAACUGAUCAUCGAUGAGAAGAAGUUUUAUUUAUUCGGGAGGAACCCAGACAUCUGCGACUUCACCAUCGACCAUCAGUCAUGCUCUCGCGUGCAUGCUGCGCUCGUCUACCACAGGCAUCUGAAAAGACUCUUUCUGAUCGAUCUUAACAGCACACAUGGCACAUUUCUUGGACACAUUCGCCUGGAGCCCCACAAGCCCCAGCAGGUUCCCAUUGACUCCACCAUGUCGUUUGGCGCUUCCACGCGUGUUUACACCAUUCGGGAGAAACCUCAGGCUCAACCAGGCACUGGUGUUGGGGACGUUAAAACCGGUGACGACGAGGAGCUGAAGGGACUUCUGGGACUUCCAGAAGAAGAAACCGAACUGGAGAACCUGACUGAGUUCAACACGGCUCAUAACAAGCGCAUCUCCACCCUCACCAUAGAGGAGGGCAACCUGGAUAUCCAGAGGCCCAAGAGGAAGAGAAGGAGCUCCAGAGUGUCCUUCAAUGAAGAGGAUGAGAUCAUAAACCCAGAGGAUGUCGACCCCUCUGUUGGCCGCUUCAGAAACAUGGUCUCAACCGCUGUCGUUCCUAUUAAGAAAAAGAAAGCAGGCGGCAGUAACGCGCUGGGAAUUGAGGAAACGGUAACACGACACAUGCACACGUUCCCAUUGCAAGGCGGCCUGUACAGAGACCUUCCUCCUGCCGGACAUGAAGCUCAGUCUACAGCAGGUCCCGGCGGAGCCACAAUCCUGGGCGGACUGACGUUACCAAUGCCAAACCCAGCCCCGGAUGUAGACCCGACCCAUGAGGCGCUGCCACCACCGCCGCUCGUGCUCAAUCCCACACCGAUGACCGGCCCGUACGCAACUGACGUCCUCAACGAACCCCGCAAGAAGAAGUACGCCAAAGAGGCAUGGCCUGGGAAGAAGCCCACCCCGUCUCUGCUCAUAUAACUCUCUCAUCAACCAUAUCUGGAGCUGGAAGAAUCCCAGACUUUUGGGGUUUGGUGUCUGAAUUCGGUGAAACACAAGGCAAAUUGUCCACAAUUCACUACAAAAAAAGAUUUUCUAACUUGGUUUUCAUCUUGUUUCUAGUCCAAAUAUCUACAAAUUCUAAAUUGAAAGGCAUUUUGGUUGCAAGUUGAAUACGUUUUGUUAUGUUAUACAUGUUAUAAUGUCUAAUUAAGUGAGUUUUUCCUUAAAACAGGCUAAAGAAUCGUUUUUUGGCACAUAAUUUAGCUCGUUUAAAGGAAAGUUCAUAUUAAUUUUGACGUAUUAUUUCUGAGAACAACAGUAUUUUUUAAUUGUCAAAAUGCUUCUUGAUUUAAGAAUUUUUUUAGGUAAUUGGACUAAAAACAAGUCAAAAAACCUAAAUAAGAGAAGCAUUUUUGCAGUGUCGCACAAUUCAGUUUAAUUAAAGGGGUAGUUCACCCAAAAAGACUUGCUUUUAAAUGGUUCUAAACUUUUCUGGGGGUUUUUUUCCCUGUUAAACACAAAACACGAAUCAGAAUGUCUGGUUUUGUGUUCAACAACAUAAAAAAAACAUCUGAAAAGUUAUUGUCUUGUUUCUAGUCUGAAUAUCUAAACAUUCUAAAAUCGAAGGUCAAAAAUGAGUUUUCAGAAAUAUAAUUGAGUUUUUUUUCCUUAAAACAAGCUACAUAAUCUGCCAGUGGGCUCCGUUAAAUCUUGUUCUCGAUUUUCGCCAUUAGAACAUAAGUUAGCUUGUUUUAAAGAAAUUUAUCUUCAUUUUGAUUUAUUAUUUCUGAAAACAAGACCAUUUUUUUAACUUGUUUAAAAAAUGCUUCUUAAUUUGAGACUUUUUAGAUAUUUGGACUAGAAACGAGACCAACUCCUCAGUUUAUUAAGCAAGAAAAGCAGAUUUGCGGUGUCACACAGUUCAGUUUAAAGGGAUAGUUCGCAACAAAAUGAACAUGUUUCUAAACUUUUCUGAUUUAUUACCUGUUGAACACAAAGAUUCAGAAUAACUUGUUUUGUGUUCAGUAGAAGAAACAAAAUCAAAGUUUGUUUUGUGUCUUGUUUCUAUUCCAAAUAUAUAUAAAAAAAAAUUUAAUCGAAGGUAAAAAAGUGAGUUUUUAGAAAUGUGUUAUGAUGAGUUUUUUCUUAAAACAAGUUAAAUAAUCUGCCAGUGGGUUCAGUACAAUAAUCUUUUCAUUUUUCGCCACUAGCAUGUAAGUUAGCUUGUUUAAUGGAAAAUAUAUCUUAAUUUUCAUUUAUUACUUCUGAAAACGACAAUAUUUUUUUUAUUGUCUAGAACAGAGUUUCCCAACCCUGUUCCUGAAGGCACGCCAACAGUACACAUUUUCAUCCUCUCCCUAAUCAAACACACCUGAAACAACUCAUCAGAACAUUAGAUGAGACUCCAAAACCUGAAGUUAAUGGGUCAGAUGAGGGAGACAUCCAAAAUAUGAACUGUUGGUGUGCCUCCAGGAACAAGGUUGGGAAACACUGGUCUAGAAAAUGCUUCUUAAUUAGAGACUUUUUAAAUGUUUGGACUAGAAACAACACAAACUCCUCAUAGUUUAUCAAGUGAACUUCUGUUGAACACAAAACAAGAUAUUCUGAAGUUUGUGUCUCGUUUCUAGUCCAAAUAUCUAAAAAUUCUUUAAUCGAAGGUAAAAAAUGGAGGUUUCAGAAAUGUGUUAUGAUUGAGUUUUUCCUUAAAACAAGUUAAAUAAUCUGCCAGUGGGCUCAGUACAAUAAUCUUUUCAUUUUCACCACUAGCAUGCAAGUUAGCUUGUUUUAGGGAAAACGCAUCGUAAUUUUUGAUGUAUUAUUUCUGAAAACAAGACCGUAUUUUUAACUUGUCUAGAAAAUGCUUCUUGAUGUAAGACUUUAUAGAUAUUUGGACUAGAAACGACACAAACUCUUUAUAGUUUAUCAAGUAAGAAAGGUUUUAUGAUUUGAACACAAAACAAGAAAUUCUGAAGUUUUUGUCUCGUUUCUUAGUCCGAAUAUCAAAAAUGUCUUUAAUCGAAGGUAAAAGAGUUUUCAGAAAUAUGUUAUGAUUGAGUUUUUCUUUAAAACAAGCUAAGUAAUCUGCCAGUGGGCUCAGUACGAUAAUCUUGUUCUCCUUUUUUACCAUUAGCAUGUUUUAAGGAAAUUGUAUCUUAAUUUUAAUGGAAUAUCAAAACAAUAUUUUUUACUUGUCUAUAAAAUCUUUAGGUAUUUGGACUAGAAACAAGUCAAAAACCUAAAUAAGAAAAGCAGUUUUGCAGUGUCGCACAAUUCAGUAUAAAUAAAGGGGUAGUUCUCCCAAAAAUGUCAAUUCUCAUGCUCAAAUUGUUGUAAACAUUUCUUUUUUUUCUUGUGUUGAACACAAAACAAGAUAUUCUGAAUAAUGGUAGAAAAAAGUAGUUGAAGAUGCUAUGGAAGUCAAUGGCUGCUUUUUAUUCAAGCAUUCUUCAGUAGUGUUCAACAGAAGAAAGAAACACCCAAACAGGAUUGAUGAAAUAAGCAGAGAACGAGUAAAUGAUGACAGAAUUUUCAUUUCUGGAUGAACUUUAAAAAGGUGUUGCUUUUUAUCGCACACUGUACAAUAUAGCAGUGUUUCCCAACCCUGUUCCUGAAGGCACUCCAACAGUGCAUAACUUAGACGUCUCCCUUAUCUGACCCAUCAUCUUCAGGUUUUGGAGGCUUCUAAUAUUCUUCUGAGCUGAUUCCGGAUGUUUGAUAAGGGAGAGGUUAAAAAUGUGUAUUGUUGGUGUGCCUUUAGGAACAGAGUUGGGAAACACUGCUCUAAAUUGACCUGACUGACUUCUGACUUGACCGUUGAAUUUCAACUAUGGAGUUACAUUAACCCUUUGAUGCAUAUAUGGGUCUAAAGCAGUGUUUCCCAACCCUGUUCCUGAAGGCACACCAACAGUACAUAUUUUGGGUGUCUUCCUUAUCUGAUCCAUUAACUUCAGGUUUUGAAAUCUCUUCUAAUGUUCUGCUGAGUUGAUUCAGGUGUGUUUGAUUAGGAAAAGGUUGAAGUGUGUACUGUUGGUGUGCCUUCAGGAACAGGGUUGGGAAACACUGCAUUACAGUGUGUAAUAAUUUGAUCUGGUCCUUCAAUCUAAAUCUAAAUGUGUGGACGUUGUGCCUUUUAGACCUGUUGUGUUUCACAGGAAAGCUGCAGCAACGUAAGAAUAACUAAAUGACUUUAUUAAUGGUUGAUCUGUUUAUUUUAUACUUUGCUGGCUUGGAGAUGUUGAGAACAUGACGAAAGUACAACGAUGGCAUGAAUUUUAAAAUGUGUACCGUUUAGCCUGAGAUUAAAGGGGCUACACUUUUUAUACUAUACUUUCUCUCUUUUUAGAUGACCGUUUAUGUAAAAUGUUUACAAGACUGCCAAUGAUCGGAUAUUCACAAACACAUCUUACAGUUCCAACCACUAAUUUAAAGCUGUUUUACCUUCAGACGUACAUUAGUAUCAUUUAAAGAGAUCGUUCACCCCGCAGAAAGUCAAUAUACUCAUGCAGAACCUUUGUUGAACACAAAAUAAGAUAUUCUGAAGAAUGUCAGCCAUUGAUUUAUUUAUGUAAGAACAAAAAAGUCAAUUUUUCCACAACGUUCGUCAAAAUAAGUCCUCAACAGAAGAGACUCUUUUGAACGUGGCCGAAUUUUCCUUUUCUGGGUGAACCGUCCCUUUGAAGCAAGAUGGGUUGUUUACAAUCCUGUACUGGACAUCAAAUCUAGUGAAAUUCUACAUUACUGUAAGACUUUGUGUUUGUAUUCCUCUUUCAGCCGUCACACCGGUUUCAUAUUUUCAUUUCCAUCACUAAUAUGCACACACAGUGAUUUUCAGGCAUUUCAGAAGAACUCUGUGUAUGGAAAUGCAGUUCGUCAGGUGUCUUAUUAUAGACUGUAUUCACUGAGGAGAGGAGAGGGGAAGACGUGUUUUGUACUCUUGUGUGCUUUUUUUGGUACAUUUGUGUUUUUGUACAUGACACAAUAAAAGCCAGUGUAUUUUUA